AUGGUAGUGGCAGGAGUAAAUGGAACAUCCUCUGAACUGUUAAGCUUUGGAACAGUGCUGGUUAUGGACGAUCUUCUGACUGAAGGGCCAUCUCGAUUCUCCUCUGUUGUGGGAAGGGCCAAAGGAAUGCAGGCCGGUUCAGAUGUGAAGGGAAAGGCAGUUCACCUUGUGUUCUCUGCUGUGUUUGAGAACAAGAAAUAUAAUGGAAGCACACUUCAAUUCCAUGGAACAGAUCUCUGGACGAAGCCCUCUGGAAGAGAGGUUUCUGUGGUGGGAGGAACGGGGAAAUUGAGGUAUGCUCGUGGGUAUUCCAUUGUUACUCAAAACACUGAUCCAGAUGACUAUGUUGGUUAUAUCAAAUUCAACACUACCUUCCGAGUAGAUUAA